GUGCUGAGGCAUCGUGCAAGAAGUGAAUACAUUUGUAGGUACAUAUGUAUGUACAUGUACUGAUGCAAAAAAUGCAAUUUAAAAAUGCUAAUAAAAUCUGAUUUAAUGCAAAGGGGUGCAUAAAAGUGUAAACAUUAAGUGCAUUCCACGUAAGCAAUCUUUUUGAGAGAAUGUGAAUCUAUUCACGUUGCUUAAUAUUUAUUGAAAAGAAGGAUAAAUCCACAAUUGUAUAAGAAUUCUUUAAAGAAAUAUACAACCGUAAAGCCUAUAAAAUGGUAUUCAGCCGAAUCUAAAUAGCCUAAUUAGCGUCUGCACCAACCUCGUCAAAAAGCAACCACCACCACCACCUGAGCUACUCAGUACAUAUAUCCAUACCCGAAUCGCAAAAAAAUUGUGGAAAUAAAAUGCAAAACAAUAGCAAUUCUGGCCGUCAAGGUAAAGAGAAACGUUUCUCUAUACACGACGCAUUCGAAGAGGAGACAGACGAGGCAAUACGCGUUUAUGGUUCCACAGUGAUUUCAACGCCUAUGCGUGCCAAGCAACGUUCAACGGACGAUGUCUCCAUUCGCAUACAGGAUCCUAAAAACUACACCAAAUAUGCUGAGGAUACGACAUCGCGUGACAGCGACUCGCUAAUUCAAGAGUAUGGCAAUAUACCCACAGAGGAGACCAACACAUACUGUUGGCGGCAUCCGAAGGUGCGCGAAAAUUGGCGAACUGUAUUAGCUGCCGUCACAUUGUUGAUUGUCGGCACCGGUCUCUUUGUAUUCGGUACAUUCGCUGUCGCAGAUCCGGCGAACACAUCACAAGGUGUGGUGUUCUUUGUAGCUGGCCUAAUCUGCUUUAUACCGGGCGCCUAUCAUGUUGUCUACAUUUGGCUGGCAGCCAAAGGAUACCGAGGGUUCGACUUCUAUCAUCUCCCGUUGUUUACAUAAAAUAAUGUUGUCGACGCCAACGAUGACAAUGACGACGACAUAUACAUAGAUACAACAUAGAUAGAUGAGAAGGCAAGACAACGAUGGCGAUGGCGAUGACGAUGGCGAUGGCGAUGGCAUGGGUGAAGAAGGCAUUAAUAAAGCCCAGAAAGACGGCGAACCGACGACGAAGUUGGCGAUGGCAAUGACAAUGAUAAAGGGGCAUUAGCAGAAUAGGAUAAAUGGCUGGCGUUAUUCAUCAUUUGAGUUGCGUGUUGUUUGCUUUGAGUGAGCGUUCGACUUGUUGUUGUCUGCGAAAUGUUUACAUUAGAUUGACGGUAGCAUAUGAAAUAUUUAAACUUUAAUAUUUGCCAACAAAGCGAUUAAGCGAGUACAUAGGAAAGGAGCAAAACAAAAACAUUUAUUGCGGUGUUUAGUAAAGCGGUAAUUUUUUUUUUUAAUUUUAGCAACACAUCAUCGCAAUUUCACUUUAAGUCGUUGCAAGUCCAAAAAGCCACACUCAGCUUCCUAUUUAUAUUGCGGCCAAAACCCGUUAUCAUCAUUCGUAAAAUCGUCAUAUUAGGUUGUGUUUACGAGUUUAGAUUAACUCACACACACACACACAGCCAUACACACUCUCUCACUCUCUCAUACACAUAAUUAAUUCAACGCUUGAUAAGCAAAUGCAUGCAGCAAUCAUCAUACGACUUUAGAAAACCGUAAACGACUAAUCAUAGUAUUUAGUCAAUAUUUAAAUGCUACUGAUAUUGCAUAAUCGGUAUACAUACAUACAUACAUACAAUAAAGAGAAGCAACUAAGCAAGUAAGCAAGAAGCAAUGAAACGAUAAAUGUCACUCUACGAAUUUUGUUACGUGCAAAAAUCUGAAAAAUUAUUUAUAGCAAGUAAAUGACUAAAGAUUUUAUUUUCAAACCAAACAAAAAAAAAACAAGGGAAGCCGUACAUAAAAAUAAAUCGAACUAUUUUUGUUUAUGGAAAUCGCAUAGCGCAAACGAUUUCCAGCAGUGAGCUAAUGAAGGCAAUUAAACGCGGGGGAGAGUUGGUUUAGAAAUGUUUGUUUGCCAAAUAUACUGCAAAUUUACGUUUACGUUUUUCUGUAGGUAUGUAUUUGAGCUGAGAGGGGAGGAUCGGAAAUUUACAUAAGUUGUUCAUUGAAACGGACUCGAAUAUAAAAAUGUUUUCCAAACUUUAUACAUACAUAUGUAUAUCAAAUAUAAGCAAUUUCCGAAUGAACUACAAAUGAAAAUAAAAUUUUCGGCUAAGUAAAAAAAAGCGUUCCAUCGACAAAAAAAAACAGGGACCGUUAUGCCUAUGAUGACAUUUAUAAUAAAAAUCGUCAUUUAACCGCUAAAAUUGGAUUUCUGUAUUUCAGAUCGAAUUAAACCUUUAUUUUAUGAUUUUUAUCAGGGACGUAGUCAGUUCGGUUCAGCGGAUCUAACCAUUUUUGCACCUUUGGAUUGAUUCCUCAAAACGUUUUUUUUGUCUUUAAACCGGUAUUUCGGUUCGGUAACAAUUCAAAAAA